ACAAAAUGGGGCCUCUAUCAUUAGCUGAACCCGCCGUCCGUUCUUUUAUUUUCUACUCUGCCGUGUUGGGUUUGAAAAUGUUGUUCAUGUCAUAUUUAACUGGUAAGCAAAGAUUCAAGAAAAACGUAUACGCCAACGUGGAAGAUGCAAAAGCAAGGAAGGGAACAGUGAAGUAUGACGACCCAGACGUCGAGAGAGUUCGGCGGGCCCAUUUGAAUGAUCUUGAGAAUAUACCUGUUUUCUGGGUCUUGGGAGCAUUGUACUUGACGACGGAUCCAUCUACUUUUAUAGCAACAACAUUAUUCCGGGUGGUUGCCGCGUGUCGCAUCUUAUAUACAAUAGUAUAUGCUGUUAAGCCCUUACCUCAACCGGCUCGGGGAAUCGCAUUUGGAAUACCUUUGUUAGCUUCGAUAUACAUGGGGGCAAACGUUGUAUUGUACUACCUGUUGGAUCUAUAAUUAAUAUGCACUUUAAAAUCGUGAAGGAGUAUUUGUAAAAACAUGUGAGUGAUGAAGUUGUAUUAUUGC